AUGGCUUCGUCAUCCGGCAACGACGACGACCUAACCAUCCCGCGCGCCGCCAUUAAUAAGAUGAUUAAGGAGACGUUGCCCAACGUGCGCGUGGCCAACGACGCACGCGAGCUAGUGGUCAACUGCUGCACGGAGUUUAUCCAUCUCAUCUCCUCGGAAGCCAACGAGGUCUGCAACAAGUCGGACAAGAAGACAAUCUCGCCCGAGCACGUCAUCAACGCUCUGGAGAGCCUGGGCUUUGCCUCGUACAUCGCGGAGGUGAAGGACGUGUUGCAGGAGUGCAAGACAGUGGCCCUGAAGAGGAGGAAGGCCAGCUCACGCCUGGAGAACUUGGGCAUACCCGAGGAGGAGCUGCUCCGCCAGCAGCAGGAGCUCUUCGCCAAGGCGCGGCAGCAGCAGGCGGAGCUGGCCCAGCAGGAAUGGCUGCAGAUGCAGCAGGCGGCGCAGCAGGCCCAGAUGGCGGCAGCCGCGGCAGCGGCCGGUUCCGCCGCGGCCCAACAGGCCGGCUCCUCUCAGGACGAAGACGAAGACGACGACAUGUGA